CUCGCUCUAACACACUUUCAUGCAGGAACAGGAAGUUUGGAAACAGGAAAAAAUCUCGAGUAGAAGGAAAAAAACUGAGGAAUACUUUAAAAAAUGAGCAGAAUUUAUUACAACACGUCUUUAGAAAACAAACCGGUGCACAAUGAGAGAUUUGACCGCGUUUGGUGUCCCUCUUCAUAUGAAAGUGGUCCCGGGGUCCUUCUAGAGGGGAACCUGCUGGAUGUUUCCAGACAUUCAAUCAGUGACACUAACGGCCAAAAGGUACGUUUCUAUGUGCUGUACAUCAAACCCACACGCAUCCAUCAGAGGAAAUUUGAAGCCAGUGGGAAGGAGUUGGAGCCGAACUUCAGCGACACCAGAAAGGUCAACACAGGCUUCCUCAUGUCCUCCUACAAGGUGGAAGCCAAAGGAGAAUCGGAUCGUCUGACUGAGGAUCAGCUUUCGCAGAUGAUUAACAAAGCUGAGCUGGUCAAAAUCACCGAUAUGCUCCGGCCUGCUGGAACCUGGGCCUUCUGGUACCCAGAGUUAGAGAUGGACAAAACGGAGCUGGAAACGGGGCAGGAAGUCAGACUGAAGACCAGAGGAAACAGUCCUUUUAUAUUCUCUUUGGCCAAAGUCGACAGCGGGACGGUUACCAAGUGCAACUUCGCUGGAGAUGAAAAAGCCGGAGCCUCGUGGACGGACAAGAUAAUGGCCAAUAAAUCAGAGAGCAGCAGCUCCCAGAGGCCCGGAGGAGCAGGAGAGGGAGCAGAGGAGGAGGAAUGGGACGACUGAGGACACCAACUCACACCCCCUGAUCCAGCCUUAGUCCUGGCCUAGUUCUGGAUUUUAAGCUUGUUUGGCUUAAAGCUGAAAAUCUUGUAUUGCCUUGAACAUUCCCAACUGGAUAUUUUGCUCUUUCGAAUGUCUAUUUAACCUUUUUAUUCUUUUUGUUAAAUCUCCUUAUAUAGAAAAUAAGGACCUCAAACCCACAACUUGCAUAAUGUCAUUUGAUACUAUUGCAAAUGUAUUACUGAUUUACUACACUAUUUAUUUUUAAAGCAUCUUUUCUGAUGAGAUAAUAGAAAAACUGAGCUCUUUAAGCUUUUCUUUGCUUUUUUGUUCGUCUGGUGCAAGAUUUCCAUUUUUCAUUGUUCUGCAGCACUAUCAUGUUCUGCUAAGGAUAAAGUGGCCUUAUGAGUUUCCUUUUCUCCGUGGAUUGAUGAUAAGGAUGUUCUGAAGUCAGUCACCUGUUCAGAACAUCAAUAUAAAGCAGCUGAUUGACCUAAAUCCCACCUAGAAGUAAAGAGGAUGUGUCAGUUCUGGCUUUAAAUAUUUCCUCUGAAUUAAAAGCGUAAAGUCUUUCUUUUACAUUUAACUGAAUCUUUGCUCAUUUUAUAUAAACUCUUUAAACCAUGUUGGUGUU